UCGGCGAGGAAAUCAACCCCGCGCGCUUGUCGAUCGAGAACCCUAAGAGCCUUCGGCACCCCUAAUCGUGAGGAUAUCCGAGCGAUGACCUCCCCGCUCGCGUUCCUCUACGUCCGGCGCCGGCGGUCGCCCCUCGCCGGAGCGUUCUUCGCCCCCGGGGACCUGUCCGGCGCCGCCCUCCUCCACGCCCUCGCCGCGCUCUCCGCCGAUGUCGCCUGCUGGCCUGCCCGGUCCCAGCGCCGUAACUGCCGGUCCCUCGCCCGCGUGCUCGGGAUCCUCGCCAUCCUCUUCGAUUCCCUUAAGGAAUCCUUCGCCCCCUCGCCCUUCUCCCCCCUCCCGCCGCGGUCCCCCCCCUCGGCGGUGCUGUGCCUCCGGGAGCUCUACAUCUUUGUCUACAGAGCCAAGCUCCUCCUGGAGUACUGCUCCCAGUCGAGCCGGCUCUGGCUUUUGAUACGGAGCCCCCAGAUCUCGGGCUACUUCCACGACCUCUCCCAGGAGCUGGCCACGCUGCUCGAAGUCCUCCCCGUUGACGACCUCCGCCUCGCCGCCGACGUCCGCGAGCAGAUCGAGCUCCUCCGACGGCAGUGCCGGCGAUCCAAGCUCUGCCUCGACCCCAACGAGGAGGAUCUCCGACAAAAGAUCCAAUCUUUCUUGGGUCAGUUCGAGACCAGGAAGGCACCGGAUCCUGUGGAGCUUCGGAACACUUUCUUCGACCGGCUGGAAAUCCGUGACGCCAGGGCUUGCCGGAAGGAGAUCGAAUUCCUGGAAGAACACAUCUUUAAUCAGGAAGAAGACGUCGAUACGUCCGUCAUCAGCGGGGUAAUUGCGCUCACGCGGUAUUGCAGAUUCUUGCUGUUUGGAUUCCAAGAAAUGGAGGUCGCGAGGCCCUUCAGCGACCAGGGUAAGAUAUCGAGGAAGCGAUUGGUGAGUCAGGGGAGCAGUGUGAGCCAGGGGAGCGGCGAUUUCUCGCUGACGAUCCCCAAGGACUUCUGCUGCCCGAUCUCGCUCGAUCUGAUGAAAGAACCGGUGGUCGUCUCUACUGGUCAGACGUACGAUCGUGCUUCCAUCACUCAGUGGAUCGAAGAAGGGCAUCGCACGUGCCCUAACUCAGGCCAAACUCUUUCGAACAAUCGCCUUAUCCCGAACAGAGCUCUUAGAAGCUUGAUCUCCCAGUGGUGUGCCGCUUACGGAAUCCCACACGAAACCCCCGAUGGCGCUGAUGCUUCGGCUGAGAGCAUCGUGGCAGCAUGCACUAGCAAGGCGGCAACUGAAGCAAACAGAGCCACCGCAAGAAUCUUAGUGCAGCAGCUGUCGGUCGGUUCGCAGGAAUCGAAGGCCGUCGCUGCCCGCGAGCUCCGGCUGCUGGCGAAGACCGGGAGGGAGAACAGGUCUUUCAUUGCGGAGGCAGGGGCCAUCCCCCUUCUCUGCCGCCUCUUCCGGUCGACGAACCUGAUGGCCCAACAGAACGCGGUGACCGCGAUGCUAAACAUAUCCAUUCACGACGACAACAAGAGCCGGAUCGUGGAGGAGGAAGGAUGCCUGAGAUUGAUCGUUCACGUUCUGAGGCAUGGGUUGACCGGCGAGGCAAGGGAGAACGCGGCGGCCACAUUGUUCAGCCUGUCUGCCGUGCACGACUUCAAGAAAACGAUCGUGGACGAGGAGGGUGCUGUGGUCGGACUGGCCAAUUUGCUGAUGCAGGGAAGCCAAAGAGGGAAGAAGGAUGCAGUGAUGGCGCUGUUCAAUCUUUCGACUCACUUGGACACCUGGUCUCGGAUGCUGGAAUUGGGGGCGGUGUCGGCGCUGCUCGAAGCACUGAAAGACGAAAGCGUCGCCGAAGAGGCCUUAGGAGCUUUGGCAUUGCUCAUGAGGCAGCCGGUGGUGGCACAGGCAGUCGGGAGUGAGGACGCUGCGAUCGCCAGCCUGUUGGAGAUGAUGAGGAGGGGAACCCCAAAGAGGAAGGAGAACGCGGUGGCAGCGCUGCAUGAGAUGUGCCAGCGUGGUGGUCUGCCUGUGACGCAGAAGGUGGCCAAGACGCCGAUGUUGGGCGGGUUGAUCCAGACCAUCCUGUUCACGGGGACGAAAAGGGCCAGAAGAAAGGCGGCGUUGCUUGCUAGGAUGUGCCAGAGGUGUGACUCGCCGGCGGCCAUGGUAUAUGGGAAUGAAUGGAGUCCGAGCCGCGCGUUGGCGAGAAGCAGCUCCUCGAGAGGUUCGAGCUUCCGAAGCGGGGAUGUGUCGGUUUCCAUGUCCAGGGCUGUUCGAGUACCUGUGCUAUAGCUUGGAUGCUAGUAAUGCGGUUUCCAUGUACAUCGUUCCUGUAAGUUCAUUGGAAGAAUUGUUGAAAGAAGAUGAAUCAAAAUACUGUUCUACACAA